AUGAAAGAACUCCUACACACUCACAAGCUUAUUAUGCUUGACAGUACCAACUUCGGUCACUGGAAGGUGAGGAUGCAACACAUCAUCAGAGGAGUUGAUGAAGAUGCUUGGACGUCUGUAGAAGAUGGUUGGAAAGCGCCUACUGUCAUCAUGGAAGAUAAGACUGUCGGUCCAAAACCUAAAGAUCAGUGGACUGAUGGUGAGAAGAAAGCAUCAAAAUUCAAUUCCAAAGCCUUGACUGUCAUAUUCUCAUCAGUGGACGUUGAGCAAUUCAAGAUCAUACAAGGAUGUGAAUCUGCCAAGCAAGCAUGGGAUACACUCAUUAAUCACUCUGAGGGAAACACUAGUGUGAGAAGAACUCGUCUUGAUCAUCUUGCCUCCAAGUUUGAAAACCUGAGAAUGAGUGACGAUGAGCCAAUUGAUGGAUUCAUAUGCAAGAUCAGUGAACUGGCAAGUGAAGCGUCUGUCCUUGGAAAGAAGUAUGAAGAAAAGGAUCUGGUAAAGAAACUGCUAAGGUGCUUACCUUCCCGGUUUGAAGCUUAUAAAGUUGUACUUACACUGGCUGUAGACACAGAUGAGAUGAAGUUUGAUCAACUCUCUGGCAUUUUGAAAGUGCAUGAUCUUGAGAAAAACGACCGACAAUCUACUAAUCAGAAGAGCAUUGCUUUCACAGCCGAGUCUAAGGGUGAUGGUCGAGUUACUAAGAUUGAAGAAAACCUGAGUCUAAUGGCACGAAACUUCAACAAGUUUGUCAAGCGUAUGGAGAAAGGUGGUGGUAGAUUCAAUGGACGCUACCAAAAGGAUGAUUAUGAAAGGAGUAGCUCUCAGCACUCAAAGCUUGAUUCUAGCAAGAACACAAAGAAGUGUCAUGAGUGUGAAGGUUACGGGCACUUCAGGAGCGAGUGUCCCCUUGCUAAGAGAAAAGAGCAAAAAUGUAUUGAGUGUAAAGGAAUUGGGCAUACACGCAGUGAGUGUCCUAGCAUUCUCAAGAAAGAGAAGUCUUUCAUGUGUUUCAGUGACACUGAAUCUGAAAGCGAGAAUGAUGAAGGUGAGCUGCAUCUAAACUUCAUGGCGUUGAUUGGUCAAGAAAGUGGAAAAGAUACUGAUGUUAACAGCGAGGAUGACGGUGAUCUUGAGCAAGAUUUUGAAGCUGAGUACAAGUCCCUCUUCAAUAAGUUCUCUGAUCUCAGCCAUGAAAACCUUGCACUGCUCAAAGAGACUGCAAUGCUGAAAGCUCAGGUUAACAUACUGGAACUUGAUCAGCCUUCUAUCAAGACGAAGGAGUACUCGAUUAACAUAGAAUCAGAUCAAGAAAUACUUGCACUCAAGAGAGCUAUGACAGAGAAGGAACGAGUUCGUAAGGAAGCUGAAUCUCAUGUGCAAAGGCUAAGUGAUCUCUUGGCUAUGGAGAUCGAUCGAAGCAGACUACUCGAGAGUCAACUUACUGAAAAUCACAAGAAGGUUCGAAUGUUGUCAGCUGGUACUGCAUCUCUUGAUCACAUACUGACAUUGGGACAGUGUCCAAGUCUCAGCAUUGGCUUGGGAUACAAGGGAUCCACCUCCACAUCUACAGAAACAAAAUUUGUGAAGGAAGCUCCUAAGGAAGAAAAGAAACCUGAAGAGAAACGAGCUCAUGUUGAAAGAAACAAGGAUGUUCUUCCCAAACAAAGAAGACGUGGAAACGGUUGUCACUUCUGUGGAAAACGAGGACACAAUUUUAGGUUAUGUUAUUUUCGAAGACAUCAGUAUGAGAGAGCAUGGAGGUUGAACAUGUGUUUCACCGAACCAACUGCUUACGGUUGUGUAUGGAUAGCCAAACGUGAUCUGUAUCCGAACUUCAAAGAGAAUACUCAUUCUGAGAUAAACACCAGUUCUGUUAAGUCACACUUUGAAGCUGAACAUGAUCUAGUUUGCAACCUGGUGCGAGUGCAAGUAGACACAGAGAUCUUGAGUAAUGUUGCUUAUACCUCUGCUGAAGAAGCAUCACAAGCGCAACUUCCAUGGUAUUUUGAUAGUGGUUGCUCAAAGCAUAUGACUGGAAAUGAAGACUACCUUGAGAAACUCGAACUCAUCAGAGGUGGAAAAGUUACUUUUGGAGAUGGUGGACAAGGCAAAAUCCGUGCAAUUGGAAUAACCUCCAGACCUGAUGCAAAUCUGAUCAGUGUGAGUCAACUUUGUGAUGAGGGAUUAGAGGUUAUCUUCAACAGCAAGGAAUGUCGUGCCGUUGACGCAAGAAACAAUGUCGUGCUAAGGGGUAUUCGUUCCGGAAACAACUGCUAUCUUUGGAGACCUUCUAAUGUGUGUUUUGCAGCUGCUGAAUCCAAACUUGAUCUCUGGCACAAGAAACUGGGUCACAUGAACACAAAUGGACUCUUCAGACUCGUAAAUGCUGAAGUAGUAAGAGGUGUCCCUGAUUUGGAGAAACAAACAGAGACAGUAUGUGGAGCAUGCUGUCAAGGAAAGCAAGUCAAGGUACAACACAAACAAAUUUCAGAGAUCAGAUCUUCACGGAUAUUGGAACUGGUUCAUAUGGAUCUCGUGGGUCCUAUAACUCCUGAAAGCAUUGCGGGUAAGCGAUAUAUUUUUGUAUUGGUCGAUGAUUUUUCCAGGUAUACAUGGGUGGACUUCUUACGCAACAAGUCUGAUGCCUUUGAGAGUUUCAGAAUCCUUGCUCUUCAGCUUAAACAGGAUAAAGGAGGAAUCAUUCAGAUCAAGAGCGAUCAUGGUGGUGAGUUUCAGAAUGAGCAGUUUGACAAGUUCUGUCACAGUCAAGGUAUCCGUCAUCAGUAUGCCGCUCCAAGAACUCCUCAACAAAUUGGGGUUGUGGAAAGAAAGAAUAGAACAUUGCAAGAAAUGGCUAGAGCAAUGCUGUGUGGAAACAGUGUUCCAUCUGGGUUCUGGGCGGAAGCAAUCAACACUGCGUGCUAUGUGAUAAAUCGGGUCUAUGUCAAGCCAAAGACCAAGACUACUCCCUAUGAAAUUCUCAAAGGUAAAACACCGAACCUGAGUCACAUGCAUGUGUUUGGAUGCUUGUGCUACAUUCUGAAUGACAAAGAACAUCUGGGAAAGUUUGAAGCAAGAAGUGACGUAGGGAUGUUUCUGGGAUACUCAGUGAACAGUUCAGCCUACCGUGUGUUUAAUCAGCGUACAAAGUUUGUAGGCGACAAUGUUAACGUAGUCUUUGACGAUUGCAUUGGAUUCUAUGAGGCUCGUGUAACACAGACAAUAGACGGUGUCACGCCAAGUUCCUCAAGACAAGCUGAGAAUGAAGCUGACAAUGAAGUGAAAGAGGAGUCUGAAGAAGACGAUGAACCUGAGAUGACCAAGGUCGAUCUUGAUCAAGGAAAAGUACACAAAAACCACUCCUCUUCAGACGUGACUGGCGGACUGUUUGAUGAAAGAGUUACAAGAAAGAAACAAAUCGACUUCAAAGAGAUGUUAAAGUUGGCGUGUUUCGUGGUGAAGAUGAAUGAAGUGGAAUGCUUUGUGUCACGUAUUGAGCCUAAGAACAUUCAGGAGGCAUUGGAUGAUGAAUUCUGGACCGAAUCGAUGCACCUGGAGCUUUAA